AUGGCGCCGUCGCCCAACGUAGCUGCCACCAAUAUCCGCAAGCUCUUUUAUCUGACGGGCAGUGAGCACCGCGAGCGUGACGCCAUGCCCGCCGCAGAGGGUGGCCUCAACGGCGAUGCAGACCCCAAUGAACGAACCAGUCUGCUCCAUCGCAUCACCGGCACCGGUUCUGGGACUCCCUACUACAAACAUGAGAACCGAGCAGUGCGAUACCCAUUCCUCGUCCUACACCUUACGUGGGAGAUCUUGAAGACGAACUACGUCAACGUCCUGCUGGUCUUUGUCCCCGUGGGCAUCCUGGCUGGUCUACUGAAUUGGUCUCCCACCCUCCAGUUCAUUCUCAACUUCAUUGCCAUCAUCCCGUUGGCUUCGUUGCUCGCCUUUGCGACGGAAGAACUUGCGGUCCCCCUGGGCCAGACCAUUGGAGGGCUUUUGAACGCGACGUUUGGGAAUGCGGUCGAGUUGAUUGUGAGCAUAAUUGCUCUGCGCAACAAUCAAAUCCGCAUCGUGCAAGCCAGUAUGCUGGGUAGCAUCUUGUCCAACAUCCUGCUCGUCCUGGGAUGCUGCUUCUUCGUCGGCGGCAUCAGAUACAAGGAACAAAGCUUCAAUUCGACCGUAGCAUCCACCAUGUCCUCACUCAUGACCGUAGCGACGUCAUCACUGAUCAUUCCGGCCACGUUAUAUGCUGUCAUGUCCGAGGGUAAAGCACAACAGGAUAACAUCAUGUUUUUGUCUCGGGGCACGUCGAUCAUCCUGCUUCUCAUCUACGUGGCAUACCUCUACUUCCAGCUCAAAUCUCAUGCCCAUCUGUUCGACGAUCCCGAGGCACACGAGAACGACAAUCCCGAAGACCAACUUCUAGGGCCGUGGUCUGCGGGCGUUGUCUUGGUGGUCAUCACCCUCUUGGUCGCAAUUUGUGCCGAGUAUCUCGUCGACAGCAUCGACGCCAUCGUCGAGGAAGCUCAUAUCAGCAAGACCUUCAUUGGUCUCAUCUUGAUCCCCAUUGUGGGGAACGCUGCCGAACAUGUCACAGCAGUGAUUGUGGCGUGGAAGAACAAGAUGGAUUUGGCAAUCGGUGUGGCCAUUGGAUCGAGCUUGCAGAUUGCCAUCUUCGUCACUCCGUUCCUGGUCAUUCUUGGCUGGAUCAUGGAUCGACCCAUGACCCUCCAUUUCGAGACUUUUGAGACUGUUUCCUUCUUCCUUGCCUCACUGGUCGUGGUCCUCUUGAUCCAGGAUGGCAAGUCGAACUACCUUGAAGGACUCCUGUGCCUGGGCAUGUACAUCAUCAUCGCCCUGGCCUUCUAUGUCUUACCGGACGAUCCGGAUUCCGGCUUGAACCUUGGGAAGUUCUUUUUCGGAGGUGGUGGGAACUAA